AGGUAGCUAGUCUGCUAGCUGCUGCAGGGACACCAAUAUCCCUCAAAUAUACAUACAUAUAUAUAUAUAUAGUUGUCUGGCCUGGCCUGGCUCACCUCUUGCUGGUAUUCUGUCACUUCCCGCAUCAAUUUAAACCAGCUGAGAAUACCCAACCCCACUCCCAAUAUAUCUUAUCCCAAGUCCUAACCAAACAAUAAAUCCGUCCAUCCAUCCCCUUCUAGCCGCUAAUCGUGUGUGUGCUUGUUUUUCUUCCACAAGGUGCACAGAGAGAGAGAGAGAGAGUAUGGCUUCUGCAUCCCAAUCGUCGUCCAUGCUUAACAAUAAUAAUAAUAAUCAGGGUUUGUUUGAGGUGCAGCAGCAGCAGGAGGAGGCUGAUGAUUUAUUGGUCUCCUCCUCCUCCUCCUCACAGAUUGGGAUGAUCUUCCCUUUCUCUUUCCACGCCAAUAAUUUUGCUAAUUCCAUUCCCAUACUGCAAUCCCAAUCCCAAUCCCUCAAAACUGUAGUACUGUCCUCUGAUCCCAACGCCCCCACCCCAAAUCAUCAUUUAAUUGCUUCACUUGCAGCUGCAGCAGCUGAUUCGAACUCUUCGCCCCUCACAAACCUCUCCGAUCAGUCCAUCGUUACCAAGCAACAUCAUGAAGAUUUCACCUCUCCUCCUCCUCAUCACUUCCCGGGAUCAUCAUCGGUAGUAAUACCCGGCCGGAAUACUCUUUCCAACUUGCAAAGAUCAGCUUCAAACUACAGCUGGGCGGCAUGGGGAGAAUUGAGUGAGUGCAUGAGCAUGAAGAGAGCCGUGGGUGACGUCGUCGAUCAUCGCCUAGGGAUUUCGGCGAUGAAGACGAUGAAGAAGAUUAAGGGAAGAAGAAAGGUGAGAGAGCCCAGGUUUUGCUUCAAAACCAUGAGUGACGUGGAUGUGCUGGAUGAUGGGUACAAAUGGAGGAAGUAUGGCCAGAAGGUUGUCAAGAACACCCAGCAUCCCAGGAGCUAUUACCGGUGCACGCAAGACAAGUGCCGAGUGAAGAAACGGGUGGAGAGACUGGCGGAUGACCCGAGGAUGGUGAUCACUACCUACGAGGGCAGGCACGCCCACUCCCCAUCGCACGACCACCACUGCUCAUGUGAUCUGCUGCAGGGAGCUGAUGACAGCAGCUGUAUUCAUCACUGUACAUGCGGAGAUCGCCCUCAUAGUCAUCACCAACCUCCUUCUGCGUCGCUAUUCAGUCACUUCUUCUGGUAGUACCAGUAGUAGUAGUAGUAGUAGUUGAUUGAUUAGUUAAUUAAUUAAUACCAUGCCCUCGCUCUUGCUAGCUAGCUUCAACUAAUUUCAUUCCAUGGAUCCUGCUUUUCUUACAUACAUACAUACGUAUUGAAAAUGCAAGUGUUGCUAGCUGCUAUAGCGAUUUCUGGUCAGCUGCCCUGUCCUGCCCUUGUUUUAUUGGGCCAAUUAAUAAUAUUAAAUGCAUACUAAUUGCAUACUUCUCGAGUCUAGUAGUGAUGAGAUACUCCGUCAAGUUUUAAUAAACAAAUGAAUUAU